CCCAGAGAGAAGGGUGGAGCUGACUUCUUCCCUGGCUUGAACUUUGCUUAGGAUUCUUAUCUUGCAAUUUACUCACAGCCCGGAUUUCAUUGUGUUUGUUUCUGACAGAACUUCUUGACUGCAAUCAGUAGCUUUGGAGGCACAGAAUUGGGGAUUCCUCUGCUUUUGAGCUGCCUUUCUUCACACUGCCGCAUUGUUCUGUCUAAUGUACUACAAGGAUGAGCCCAGCAUUUGGAGCUAUGGAAGUGGAGCACUAUGCCAAGGGAGUUCUGCUGGAACCUUUUGUUCACCAGGUGGGAGGUCACUCCUGUGUCCUCCGGUUUAAUGAAUCAACCAUCUGUAAGCCCCUCAUCCAGAGGGAACACCAGUUCUAUGAAACCCUCCCGACAGAAAUGCGUAAAUUUACUCCCCAAUAUAAAGGUGUUGUAUCAGUAAGCUUUGAAGAGGAUGAAGAUGGAAACUUAUGUUUAAUAGCAUAUCCAUUAAAAGGGGACCAUGGUAAUUUAGACAGUAUAGAUAAUUCAGACUGCGAACCCAAAAAUAAGCUCUUAAGGUGGGCUAACAAAAAGACUCAUUUACUAGAAACGGAGAAGAUCACCAAGGAGUGGGUCCGACAGCACAGAAAAGAGGAAAAAAUUAAAAGUCAUAAGUUAGAAGAAGAAUUUGAAUGGUUAAAAAGCUCAGAAGUCUUAUACUACAGUUUAGAGAAAAAGGGGAAUGUGAGCUCACAGAUGAAACAUCAUAACCCUUGGAGUAUGAAAUGUCACCAGCAGCAGCUACAGCGCAUGAAGGAAAAUGCCAAACACCGGAACCAGCACAAAUUUAUCUUACUGGAAAAUUUAACCUCUCGCUACCAAGUACCCUGUGUCCUAGACCUGAAGAUGGGAACCCGGCAGCAUGGAGAUGAUGCAUCAGAGGAGAAGAAAGCUAACCAGAUCCGGAAGUGCCAGCAGAGCACAUCUGCAGUCAUUGGAGUCCGUGUGUGUGGGAUGCAGGUCUACCAGACAGGGAGCGGUCAGCUCAUGUUCAUGAACAAGUACCAUGGGAGAAAACUCUCUGUUCAGGGGUUCAAGGAAGCCCUCUACCAGUUUUUUCAUAAUGGCAGGUACCUCCGCCGGGAACUUUUUGAGCCCGUCAUAAAGAAACUGACGGAGCUGAAAUCAGUGUUAGAAACCCAGGAGUCCUACCGAUUCUACUCCAGCUCACUGCUUAUCAUCUACGAUGGCAAGGAGCUGCCAGAGGUGGCUGUAGAUUCCGACCCAGAGGACCUGGAGGAUCUGUCUGAGGAAUCAUCUGAUGAAUCGGCAGGAGCCUAUGCCUACAAACCAGCCGUCAGCACAGUGGACAUCCGCAUGAUAGACUUUGCCCACACUACCUGCAGGCACUACGGAGAGGACAGCAUUGUGCAUGAAGGCCAGGACACAGGCUACAUUUUUGGACUUCAAAGCUUAAUAGAUAUUAUUACAGAAAUAAGUGAUGAGAGUGGGGAAUAAACCAUUUGAACGCAUACCUGUUUGCAGAGAGCACUGUUGCGACUCUUUGUAUUCCAGAGCAUUGGCUGCUCUGGGUUGGGGAGGCGCCCCAGGGAGUGUGGGGGAGGGGCCACUGGAGCUUACAAACCUUGGAGUCUUUAUUUAUUUUACCUAUUUCUUAAACAUUCCAUAUUUGAUGAUGCAGAUACCUCUUUUCUUCCCUGUGUGUAUAUGUUCCAAUAAAACAUUUUUGUUCAUUGUAAA